AAUGUCGGGCUUCAGCUCAAACGCGUCCGCGUAUAUAUUCCCCCCAUCGAAAACUGAAUCGAACCGUGAAGCUUUGCUCCGGGAGAGCUAACGACAAUGGCGACGGCCGGUUUGGGCUACGUAUCCGCUGUGCUGGUAACGAGAAAACUUGGUUACAACUCGAAAUUCAGCUUCUCUCCGCUCACUCCCAAAGCCAAUCGACUUUUCGCGGUUAAAAUUCGCGCCUUAUCAACUACCUUCGUCGAAGACAAGCCUGUUCGUCUUAUAGAUGAAAAGAAGGUGGAAAUACGGACAAACCUUUUAGCAUGUCCCAUUUGCUACGAUGCCUUUACUUGGAAUGGUGAUCCGGGGUUAUCCUUGAGUUCUAUGGCUCAGUCUAACUUAGAAUGCAGCACCUGCCGGAAGAAGUACUCUGGCAACGAGACACAUGUUGACUUGACAAUUGCUGGUGGUGGCAAGGCUUAUGGAGAAGCCCUGGCAGCUUCUACUGAGCUUUUCAGGCUUCCUUUGGUGUCCUUUCUUUACGAGAGGGGUUGGCGACAAAGCUUUUCUCUAUGGGGUGGUUUUCCUGGCCCAGAAAAAGAGUUUGAAUUGAUGCAAGAUUAUCUUAAACCGGUCAUGGGUGGAAAUAUCAUUGAUGCUAGCUGUGGAAGUGGUUUAUUUUCAAGACUGUUUGCCAAGAGUGGGCUAUUUUCUCUUGUUGUCGCUUUGGAUUUUUCAGAGACCAUGUUGCAGCAGUGCUAUGAAUUCAUCAAGCAGGAGGAAAACUUUCCUAAUGAGAACAUAAUCUUGGUUAGAGCUGAUAUCUCGAGGCUUCCAUUUGCAUCAAGCUCCGUGGAUGCUGUGCAUGCUGGUGCUGCUUUGCAUUGUUGGCCUUCACCAUCAGCUGCGGUUGCUGAGAUAAGUCGAGUAUUACGGCCUGGGGGGGUAUUUGUUGCCACAACCUACAUAGUUGAUGGCAUCUAUUCAUUCACCCCAUUCGUAAGACCACUACGCGAAAAUUUCGCUCAAAUAUCGGGCAGUCACAUAUUCUUGGACGAGAAAGAACUUGAAGAUCUUUGCACCACGUGUGGGCUUGUGGGUUUCAAGUGCAUCAGGAAUAGGCGCUUCAUCAUGCUUACCGCUAUGAAGCCUAGUUGAUUGUUGUGGCUGCCAGUCGCGUAAACUACUACUACUUCUACAGGCUUUUCUUGUUACUUUUGUGUUCUUCCAUUAGUACUAAGAUGGAGACAUCAUUCAAGAAAGUUGCUAAUUGCUGUGCAUAGAUUUACAUAAGCAGAAGUGAUUUCUGUUGAGAGAAGAUUACAUACAAUAAACAAAAUAUGCUUUUGUGACAGUAAUGUACCAAAAUCAUCAACAGUAUAUAUGAAACCCUGUUUCUAAGACCAUUCUCAUAUAAUGUAAAAAACUAUGGCAGUGAUAUCAUCAUUGCUGCAAUGAAUUCAAUGGUAACUUGUUCGAUA